GCGCCGGUCCUCCGGACGAGGCGGGCGCGGCGCGGCGACCAUGACGACAGGCGGCUGCUGCCACCUGCCCGGCUCCCUGUGCGACUGUGCCGGCACGGCGGGUCCCUGGAAGUUUGUGGAGGAAGCGGGCGGCGACGCGUGCCAGGCGCUCUACGUGGCCCAGGUCACGGCCCUGGACGGGCGGCUGCUGUCCUCCGUGCUCAAACCCGUGAGCGCGCAAAGCGAUGGCCCCAUCUGCCGUAUUUGCCACGAGGGCGCCAGCGGCGAGGGCCUCCUGUCGCCGUGUGACUGCAACGGCACGCUGGGCACGGUGCACAAGAGCUGCCUGGAGAGGUGGCUGUCCUCGUCCAACACCAACUCCUGCGAGCUCUGCCACACCGACUUCAGCAUCGAGAGGCGACCCAGGCCCGUCACAGAGUGGCUGCAGGACCCCGGCCCUCGUAAUGAGAAGAGGACGCUGUUCUGCGACAUGGUGUGCUUCCUCUUCAUCACGCCCCUCGCCGCCAUCUCCGGCUGGCUGUGCCUGAAGGGGGCUCAGGACCACCUCCACAUGGGGAGCUGGCUGCAGGCCGUGGGCCUCAUAGCGCUCACCAUCGCCCUCUUCACCAUCUACGUCCUCUGGACUCUGGUGUCGUUCCGCUACCACUGUCAGCUCUACUCCGAGUGGCGACGGACCAAUCAGAAAGUCCGCCUUCUCGUGCCCGAAGCGAAGGAGUCUAACUCUUCCCAGCAUUCCUUGCUCUCCAGCAAAGUCAAGAAGUCUGCCAGCGAGAGUAUAGUAUGAGAGCAGAUGGAGACGUGUGGGAGCUUGCAUCGUGUUUGCUGGUUGGACUUCAUGAGAAGCACUUAUGGGCUCUUUUUUUAUUAUUAUUAUUAUUUGCUUUCUUCCCUUUUGCCUAAUUUUUAUUUACUUUUUUACUUUGCAUCUCCCAAAUGUGCUCUGCAGGUCAUAGUAAUGUGCACGUUUUAACCGAGUCCUGUUUGUCAUCGCUGGGUGUUUUGAUCAAGUAUAUGCAACAACAACAAAAAAGUGUGUGUUUUGUUCAGAAACAUGUUUUCUGACUCAUCGUGAUGAAUAAUGAGGCGGUGG